CCUUCUUCUCAAUGUGGUGGGUUGCGUUGCAUGAAGUGCCAUGCCCGUCUCGUAGUCCUUGUCUUGGUUCCGCCCUCCCUUUGCUAAACUGACUUGACCUUAAACUACUACCUUCUCCACUACUCCACUUACUCUACUACUACUCUACUACUACUCUACUACUUUGCCUCUCUUGUCUCUCUCAUCUCGCCUCCCUCCUCCCUCUCUAUCUCUCUCUCUCUGAUAUCUACUACCCGACUGAUUGACAUCUUGACUUUCUGCUCUUGCCUGCAUCUCGUUGUUCUCUCUUGACCUACUUCCUCUUCUACCAUUCGACAUACCUACAUUGUUCCUGCACUUCUUUACUGAAAGCACGCAAGCACUGUUCGAUAUAUCGUCUACUUCUCUUCAUACCAAAACUUCCACUUCUUGCCCUCAAUAUCCGGCCUUUCCGCCGCAUAUCCAGCAUCCAGCAUAUCCAACCCAAAUACCUUUCGAACCGAACGAACAUAUUCGCCCUUGACCGUUUUCUAUACCGACGAAACAAACUGCCGUCUCCGACCUUACACGUUUAGGAGAUAUUUAUAGUUGACCUUCACCUUUCACCAACCUCACAAUCACAUCCCACGCCCUCACCACGAACCACCACGCCGCACCCGCCACCCGUCCACCCACCACCACCACCCCCAGCACGCACCACAGAACACAAACCACCCCCAUGGCCACAACAAUAACCAUGCACGCCCCCUCACCCACCCCCGCCCACCUCGCCGCGGCCCUCUCCUCCCUCCCCACCCGCCCACGCUCACAGCUGCAAAACAUCGAACUCCCCCCCAUCCGCCAAGCAGUCCCCGAAAUCGACCUCGCUCCCGCUCCCGUCCCCGUCGACGCCCGCCCCUCGAGUCCCUAUGCACAAAAACGCCGCCUCCUCACUCCGGAGCCAGAGCGCGGGGGGAGCAGUGGGGGAGGGAGCAGUGGGAUGCAGACUCCGUAUCGCACGUCCCCGAGGAGUACGAUGACGGGUGCACCGGGGGGUCCGCCGGGUCCGCCGCCUAUGACCGUUUUUGCAAGUGCUGCGGACCAGAUGCCCUAUCCCGGCCGCGGAUACCCCGAGCCUGCCGCACCGAGACUAUUUGAUCCUCGCGCCGACUACGCGCCGCAAGCAUACAGCCGGGAUCGGUAUGACGCCCAACCCUACCCUCCGCCGUCGCAGUACGCGGUUUACGACGGCGGUGGUGGUGCGGGGAAGCGCGGGAGGGAGUUCGGGGUUAGUGUCAAUGGGAAUGGGUAUCCGCCGCAGAACUAUGUUGCGGAGACGGGGUAUGGAGGGGAGGGAAUGGGAGAUGGGAAGAGUGGCGGUGGGGGGAGGAAGAGGAGGGGGAAUCUGCCGAAGGAGACGACGGAUAAGUUGAGGGCUUGGUUUGUGGGGCAUUUACAUCAUCCGUAUCCGACCGAGGAUGAGAAGCAGGAUUUGAUGGUGCGGACGGGGUUGCAGAUGAACCAAAUCUCAAACUGGUUCAUCAACGCCCGCCGCCGCCAGCUACCAAGCAUGAUCAGCAACGCCCGCGCCGAAACAGCAGCCACCGCCAACGGCUCCGGCGGCGCUACCUCCAACGGCGCUGGCGCGAGCAACGCUGCUAGGGAUGAGAGCGAUGGCUCUAGCUACGGCGGGGAGUACGGAACUGAAGGGGGUAGUCCCGGGAGAGGUGGACGUUUGUGAGAGGUGUACUUUUACAGUUUUUGUUUUUGUUUUACAGGGGAAAGGGGAAAGGGGGGGUUAUGCAUUUGUUGGCGCUGGGGUUGGUUGGGGGUGUAUUAUAGGUGGGAUAGAUGGAUGGAUGGGUGGGAUGUGGGAUUUGAUGAUGGGCUGCAUGCAUGGAGAUUGGGUUUAUGGGCUGUAUUUGGUUUUUGCUACGGCUUUGGGGGUUGCUUUAGACGGAAGAAGAAGGAAGGAAGAAUUAAAGAAAUGAUCAGAAAGUUCACG